GAAUUGCAGUAUUAUUAUGUUUUGUUAACGUUAGCGUUAGAUCAUCAGUGUUAACUGAAAGAGUUAAAAGUCGAAAACUUCAAAAUCACCGUUUUUUGGAUAACCUGAUCACUCUUUAUACUUGACUAUCAGUGGAUUCUUGGUAUCGAGUAAAAGAUAAAACAAGCACCAACCUAGCUUGGAAUGAUGAAACAUGGAUCAGCCAAGUGAACCCAGUACCACACCAGCAGCUGAGCCGCCACCCCCACCACCCCCACCAGCAGAAGAACCAACUCCACCCCCUCCCCCACCGCCAGUACCUUCAGAUGCUGUUGAACCUUCAGGUAGUGGUGCUGAUACCACUCCAGAAAAGGAAGCUCCCAAAGAUGAGAAAAAGGAAGAUGAUACAAAAAAGAGUAAAUUAUCUUUGAAGUCUGAGAAGGAUAAAGGUGGUGAUGCUGAGAAGAAGGAUAGCGAAUCCAAAACACCAGAAUCCCCGAAAGUACAGACUGUCAGUAAAGAAAUCUCGGAAGCGAGAAGUAAGCUCCCUACCAACAAGGCUAUUGAUUUCCAGGUUCGAGUUCGAGUCAUAGAGGGCCGUAAUAUUGCAGGUUCAAAUGUAUCUCCAGUCGUCAAGGUAUCAGUCAGCAAUCAAGCUCGCCAGACGAGAGUAAAGAAAUCCACGAAUAAACCAUUUUUUGAUGAGAUCUUCUUCUUCAACUUUAAAACAGUUGCAGCAGAGCUUUUUGAUCAAAUGAUGACUUUUGAGGUUUUGAAUUCAAGGAAGCUGAGAUUUGAUUCACUUAUUGGGACGUUUUCUAUUGACGUAGGGUUCUUCUAUGAUCAAAAAGAUCAUACCAUCAUUCGACGUUGGCUUUUGCUAACUGAUCCCGAAGACAUCAUGGGUGGAGUAAAGGGAUACUUGAAGGUGACUAUCAUGGUUUUGGGACCGGGUGACGAAGCACCAGAAAUUCCGGAGGUUUCCAACGAGGAUGAUGAAGACGAUAUGGAAGAGAAUAUGCUUCAGCCUGCGGGCGUCAUGCUCAGGCCAGCAGCUUUCUGUCUUAAAGUCUUCAGGGCUGAGGACAUCCCACAGAUGGAUUCCGCAUUCACGGAAAAUCUAAAGAAAGUGUUUAACAUUGGCGAGAAAUCCAAAGCCUUAGUUGAUCCCUAUGUAAUGAUGACCUUUGCUGGAAAACAGUGUAAAACAAAAUACAUUGAAAGUGACGACAAUCCUGAGUUCAACCAAGAAUUAUCCGUGCGUUUCCAGAUGCCUUCAAUGUGCGAGAAAAUCAAGCUACAGUUAUGGGAUUGGGAUAAGAUGUCUCCUGAUGAUGUUAUAGGAACAACAUACCUUCCUCUUUCUGAAAUCUCUGGAGAGGGCGAUACAGAAGGGUUUUUACCUACAUUUGGUCCUUGCUUCGUCAAUCUCUACGGCUCAACAAGAGAAUUUUCAACUGUAGGGGACGAGCUUGAAUACCUCAACGAAGGCAAUCAUGAAGGUGUUGCUUAUCGUGGAAGAACGUUAGUCGAACUUCAGACAAAAUCAAGUGGGGAAAUGAACACUGGAGUAGAGGACUUGGAAGAUAGUGACAUUGUUCUCGUACAGCCUUAUCUUCGUCGUCGCAAAUACAAACUGUUCGGCUGUUUUCUUGAAGCUACAAUGAUUGCUUGUAAGGACAUCCCCAUACAGUUCGAAAUCUCCAUAGGUAACUAUGGUAACCGUCUCGACCAAUCAGUGGCUCCCUCGUCUUCAUCUACUCCUGCUACUAAUGCAAUAUUCGAUGGAUGCUAUUACUAUUUUCUUCCGUGGGGAAGGAACAAACCUUGUUGUUCUGUGGAUAGUCAUUGGGAGGACAUUUCUUUUAGAUUGUAUACUAUGAACAUCUUAAAACACAUGGUGGAGAGAUUGGAGGACAAUAUCGCCAGAGUGAAGAUUGGUAUGAAAGAUAACUUGUCGACAGGAGAACUGGCCGCUCUAGUCAUGGAGCUUCUUGAAGACUUGAUCUUAGAUUGCAGGAAGCCACUCCCGGAAGUAAAUAACACAAUACCUAACGUCAACGGGCUAGACAUGAAGAGGUACAACAUGAGAGAAAAAGAAAAGAAAGCGAUCGGAGAAGCUGCGUUAAAACUACGAGAGAGUGCUACUGAUAUUAACGAAGCAUUAUCUGAAAUCGAAGGAUUUCAUCAAAGACUCGAGAGAUUAACUAUAGAGCCACAGAACAGCAUGCCUGAUGUGAUCAUAUGGAUGCUGAGCGGUAGCAAGAGAGUCGCAUACUACAGGGUUCCCGCAAACGAGAUCCUCUACUCUAGCUUUGAUAAAGCAAGUGGAAAGAAUUGUGGAAAAGUACAAAACAUUUUCAUGAAGUAUCCUGGAGAGAAGCAGUUUGAUAUCGAGGACCAUCCAGAAAUCCCUUGUCAGAUAUCUGUCAUCCUUUGGUUGGGGCUGGAGAAGGAUCAGGAAUCCUGGACCAACAGAUCAGACACAGAAGGAGAUUUCUGCGUGUUUGCUGAGACGUAUGAGAACAUGGCGAGGUUUCUUGGCAAAUGGACGACUAAAGGAYUAACAAGACCUGCCUGGUCAGAUGCUGAAGGGACGGUGAAACUUCUAAAGGAAAACUUCGUCCUUCCCCGGGGAUGGCGAUGGGAUGGUGACUGGUUUGUCAAUCCCGAACUAAGUCUUACCUUCGAACCUGACACAGGACACAAGUCAUAUCUUGACGAUGUGUUUGAAUCUGAGUCUCGUUUGCCUGGUGAUACUUGGGGACCUGCUUCAGUGCCGUGGACCGAUAAUUAUGGUAACGCGACUCAUGGYCCAAACGAGAUUGAAUGUCCGGAAGACUGGGAAUGGACCAUGAAAUGGACUGUGGAUUGUAACAGAGCUGUCGAUGAAAAUGGUUGGGAAUACAGCGUCCAACCUGAUGCUGGUUCAUAUAUMCCUGUUGAGAAAACCUACCAUCUAUACAGGCGACGAAGACUCGUUAGGAACAGGAGAAUGAUCCAAUCACAUGCGCCUAGAGAUGAUGAAGAGGAAAUAUCUGACCURCUGGAAGAAGGUGGAUGGGAGUAUGCAACUGCAUUCAAACUGCAGUUCCGCAGCAAAGAGCGCAAGGCGGAUUUAGUACGAAGGAGAAGAUGGCACAGGAGAAUGAUUCAAGAGGAUCCAACUGCUCCUGCUAUUUUCAGGCGCACUGGUAUCGACGCUACUGCAGAGCCUGAAGGAGGAAAAAAGAAAAAAGAAAAAGCAGACAGUACUGAUGUACCGAGGAUGAUGAUUGUGUUUGACAGUCCCCAUAAGUAUCAGCUCCGCGUGUAUCUCUUUCAAGCCAGAGAUCUUUUGCCUGCAGACUCGGAUGGACUUUCAGAUCCAUACGCGCGGGUUGUUUUCCUAAACAAUAGCCAAGUGACGCAUACUAUCCACCGAACGCUCUGUCCCACGUGGGACCAGACUCUUGUGUUUGAGGAUGUCUUAAUCUUUGGAAGCACAGAACUACUACAGUUAAAGCCCCCUGAAAUCGUCAUUGAACUUUUUGACAAAGAUCAAGUGGGCAAAGAUGACUAUUUAGGUCGAUGUGUGGCAGAGCCUACAGUUAAACUUAACGGCCCAACGCCUCCAGCUCCUCGUCUGUUGUGGUAUCCUGUGAUGAAGGGCAAAGAAGAAGGCGGAGAGAUUCUUGCUGCAUUUGAAUUGUUCCUGGACGAAGGAGCAGAUCUUCCUUACUUACCGCCGAUCAACCAAGGCCGUUACAUUGUUCCCAGUGGCAUACGCCCCGUUCUUCAAAGGACAGCCGUUGAGGUGUUGUGUUGGGGUGUGAGGAACAUGAAGAAAUAUCAGUUGGCAAACGUCACGUCUCCAAGCGUCGAGUUUGAAUGUGGUGGUCACGUGAUUCAAUCUGACGCCAUCAAGAAUACUAACAAGAAUCCAAACUUUGAUCAACCGUUGUUCUUCUUUGAUGUGUUUUUACCCAAAGAAGAACUGUACGUUCCACCAAUGAACAUCAAAGUUCGAGACAACAGGUCUUUCGGACGCCAUCCUAUCGUAGGGAUACRCUGCUUGAGGUCCUUACAGCGCUACAGAUUCCAGACUCCUAAGGAUGAAAACAUCUCUGAACAAGAAUCUGAGGAAAUGAUGACUGAUGCUGCGUAUGAGCUUAGUAUCAAAGAAGACACGAAACGGAGUGAACAAGACACUUUCGACUGGUGGUCCAAAUAUUACGCAUCAAUUGGCGCASUGGACAAGGCCGAAGGAUACUUGGAAUCAGGCAAUGAUACGCUAAUCGUAUAUCCAACAGACCUUGAACGAGUUGAGCAUUUUAGACAAUUUCAAGACUUUGUGGAGACGUUUCCUCUCUACAGAGGAAAGAUAAAGUCUGGAGAUAGAGAAGAUUUGACAGACGUGGGAGAAUUUAAGGGAACGUUUCGUGUAUAUCCCUUACCAAGUGACCCAGGUUCUGCUAUGCCACCCAAGAUCCUUCACGGCUUGCCAUCUAGCCAACCAGUGGAAUGCGUCAUACGAUUAUACAUAGUCAAGGGCAUAGAUCUACAACCAAUGGAUCCAAAUGGCUUGGCAGAUCCGUACGUUAAGAUAACACUGGGCAAACAGAAGAUUAGCGAUCAGSAGAACUACAUUCCUAAUACUCUGAAUCCAACGAUAGGAAAAAUGUUUGAACUAACAGCCUUGAUACCCAUCGCUAAAGACCUCAAAAUCUCUUUUUACGACUACGACAUGAUAGGCCAGGAUGACUUGAUUGGAGAGACUACGAUAGACCUUGAGAAUAGAUUCCUGUCUCGUUUCCGUGCGACAUGUGGCUUGCCUCGAUCUUAUUACACGUCCGGAAAGAAUCAAUGGCGAGAUUCUGAGAAGCCCAAACAGAUUUUAGAAAAAUUGUGCGAGGUUGGAAGUUUUCGUCCUCCCAAGUACCUUGGUAACACUAGGCUGAUUUAUAAAGAACGUAUUUAUACCAUUGAAGAAUUCGAGGAAGGUAUGACUAUGAGUCCAGAUCUUGGUCCUCCAGAUGAAAGACUAGCGCUUCAUGUCCUCAAUGGCGAACCAUUGGUUCCUGAGCACGUCGAAACUAGAUCUUUAUACAGCUCUCUACAGCCUAAUAUUGAGCAAGGCAAAGUGCAGCUAUGGAUAGAUAUGUUUCCUGUAGCGCUCGGUCCACCAGGACCUCCUGUUGAUGUUACACCAAGAAUUCCUAUCCAGCAUGAACUUAGGGUCAUUAUUUGGAAUACUAGUGACGUCAUCUUGGAAGAGACGUCAAUCACUGGAGAAUCCAUGAGUGACAUUUACGUCAAAGGAUGGAUUGCAGGUAUCGAUGAUCCUCAAAAGACGGACGUGCAUUUCAGAUCUCUUGAUGGAACUGGCAACUUCAACUGGCGCUUCUUGUUUCCUUUCCUUUAUGUUCCUGCUGAAAAAGUCAUGGUUGUCAGAAAAAAGAGACACAUUUGGAGCAAGGACAUGACAGAGAGCAGAAUGCCUCCUAAAAUUAUCUUCCAAAUCUGGGACAAUGAUAUCUUCAGUCCUGAUGAUUUUCUAGGUCAAUUGGAACUCGUGCUGACAAAUAUGCCAAAGCCUGCCAAAAGUGCUAAAAAGUGUUCUCUGAAACAACUGAACGUCAGCACAGAGAAAGACAAAAAAAAUAAAAAACCCAUAGAGACUGUAUCGCUGUUUGACAUGAAGAGAGUCUAUGGAUGGUGGCCUUGCAUGAUGGAAGAAGACGAGAAGUAUGAGCUAGCGGGUAAGAUCGAGAUGACCCUAGAGAUUAUUACAUCCAAUGAGAUCACGGAAAAACCGGCAGGCAAAGGACGUUCAGACCCAAAUAUGAAUCCAACGCUGGAUCCUCCAAACCGGCCAGCGACGUCCUUUCUUUGGUUUGCGAAUCCUUUGAAAAGCCUCAGAUACAUCCUCUGGCGGCGGUACAAGUGGUAUAUCAUAGGCUUCCUAGUGUUUAUUUUACUGCUAGCAGUCGUGGUGCUGUUCUUUUACUCAAUGCCGGGAUAUACCGUGAAAAAAAUAUUUGGGGUGUGAACAAAAACAACAUGAGCAGAUGGUUGCAGCUAAUUCUAAGAAGAUGGACUCAAAAUUGCUAAAAAGUACGUCAUUAAGAAGAUAAGAUGUUUAUUCUACGUUGGUUAGUAAUCCUGCGUAAUGAGCACAGGUAGACCAGUCAGAAUAUUUGCGCCGCAAUGUCUGGUAUCACGCUAGCUUUCGUAAUGCUAUUCAUUAUUAUUGUGAUUUGAGGAAGGGAAGCAGUUUACGAAUAGUUAAGUUUUUUUACUACAUGCAGACGAAUUAUGCUAUUGCGGCCUGCGAAGGGACCAGAGAGUGUCCGUAUUAUGCAGGUUGAAACUGACUGAUCGACCAAAUGACGGAACUAUCGUAUGACCGACUGACCGACCGACCUAACGAAUGACCGACUGACCGACCGAUCAACCUAUCGAAUGACCGACCGACCAACCUAUCGAAUGACCGACUGACUGACAGACGAACCUAUCGCAUGACUGACUGAUCGACCAACCGACCGGCCCACCGACCGACGGACUUAUAUGCUAGCCCAUACCGUGAUCAAGCAAAAUGAUAAAAGAUAAUUUGAUAAUAUGAGCUAUUAAACAAUAAGAAGUUCAAGCCGAUUAAAAUGAUUAAACGUGAAUAAAAUUUCAAAAGAUAAAUGG